GAGCUGAGCAUAGCUGAAGGCUGCAUGGUGGUUUCAGAAACUGCCUACUUAAUUUGAAAAGAACAAUGGUAGGAAAAGCUAGAUCUUCCAAUUUUACCUUACCUGAAAAGCUUGAUUUGCUAAAGCUUGUGAAGCCAUAUGUUAAAAUUCUGGAAGAACACACUAACAAACAUUCAGUAAUAGUGGAAAAGAAUAGAUGUUGGGAUAUCAUAGCAGUUAACUAUAAUGCAAUUGGAGUAGACCGCCCUCCUCGAACAGCGCAGGGCCUACGCACUCUUUACAAAAGGCUCAAAGAAUAUGCCAAACAGGAGCUAUUGCAGCAAAAAGAGACCCAAUCAGAUUUUAAAAGCAAUAUUUCUGAGCCAACCAAGAAAGUUAUGGAGAUGAUUCCCCAGAUUUCCAGUUUUUGCCUGGUAAGAGACAGGAACCACAUACAAAGUGCAAACUUGGAUGAGGAAGCACAGGCUGGUACCAGUUCACUACAGGUAAUGUUGGACCAACAUCCAGUUGCUAUUACAGUGGAGGUGAAGCAAGAAGAAGACAUUAAGCCCCCUCCUCCACUGGUUUUAAAUUCUCAACAGAGUGAUACUUUAGAGCAAAGAGAAGAACAUGAAUUAGUACAUGUUAUGGAAAGAUCUUUGUCACCAUCACUUUCCUCUGUUGAUAUGAGAAUGACAUCGUCUCCAUCUUCUUUCCCAAGGAGAGAUGAUUUUUUUCGGCAUGAGAGUGCAGAACAUUUUAGGUCACAAUUAGGGUAUGAUCCUCAGAUUCUGCAAAUGCUGAAGGAGGAGCAUCAGAUAAUUUUAGAAAAUCAAAAAAAUUUUGGAUUAUAUGUUCAGGAGAAGAGGGAUGGAUUGAAAAGAAGGCAGCAGCUAGAGGAAGAGCUGCUAAGAGCAAAAAUUGAAGUGGAGAAGCUGAAAGCAAUUCGCUUACGGCAUGAUCUACCUGAAUUUAAUAGUCUUUAAGAUUUUUUUUUCAAUAUUGUUAUUUGAUGAUUUUUAUUUUGGCCAAAUUACUUUCGUGUGAGAAUAUCCUGAAGCAGAGUACCUACUCUUAAAAAAUGUUAAUCUCUGUUAUAAAAAAGCUUUUUUGACAUGAUUUUCUAAUUAAUUUUCUUUUGUGAUAUAUUAAAA